GCCGCAUUUCAAUGAGGGCCGGGCUAAUGCAAAUCACUGCAACCGGCAGCAGCAGAAGAAAGGCGAAGCAGCUGCAGCCCGGGCUCCCCAGCAGCGCGCUACAGCCAGGGGAGGCGUAACAAAGGCAGUGGAGCCGCUUUCUGCGGCAACUCCUGCGCCUGCAGCCGGGUGGUCGCCGGGGGGAGGGGGGAGCCUCCGCUCCUUCGCCGCUUCCCAUUCCGAGCCGCCGCCUUCCCUCCGCGCCCCGCCGGCAGGUCUGAGCGAGGAGGUGCCCGCCAGGCUGCGGAGAACAGGUUGAACUUCAAGAUGUCCCUUGGGAGAGAUAUGGAGCUGGAGCAUUUUGAUGAGCGUGAUAAAGCGCAGAGAUAUGGCAGAGGGUCCCGGGUAAAUGGUUUACCCAGCCCUACUCACAGUGCCCACUGCAGCUUUUACCGAACCCGUACUCUACAGACCCUGAGUUCCGAGAAAAAAGCCAAGAAAGUUCGUUUCUAUCGUAAUGGAGACCGGUAUUUCAAAGGGAUUGUAUAUGCCAUCUCCCCUGACCGGUUUAGAUCCUUUGAAGCUCUCCUGGCUGAUCUGACCCGAACUCUGUCCGACAAUGUGAAUCUGCCCCAGGGAGUGAGAACAAUCUACACAAUUGAUGGCUCCAAGAAGAUUACCUCCUUGGACCAGCUAGUAGAAGGAGAAAGUUAUGUAUGUGGUUCCAUAGAACCCUUCAAGAAACUGGAGUACACGAAGAAUGUAAACCCAAACUGGUCAGUGAAUGUUAAGACAACUUCUACUUCUCGUUCAGUGCCAUCUCUUGCCACUGCUAAAGGAGGUGCUCCAGAUGCAAAAGAGAAUAAGGAUUUCAUUAGGCCUAAACUAGUCACUAUCAUCAGGAGUGGAGUGAAGCCACGGAAAGCAGUCCGGAUUCUGCUCAACAAGAAGACAGCACAUUCGUUUGAACAGGUUCUUACUGAUAUAACUGAUGCCAUCAAGCUGGAUUCAGGAGUGGUUAAACGCUUAUACACGCUAGAUGGAAAACAGGUGAUGUGCCUUCAAGAUUUUUUUGGCGAUGAUGAUAUUUUUAUUGCAUGUGGACCAGAAAAGUUCCGUUACCAGGAUGACUUCUUGUUGGAUGAAAGUGAAUGUCGGGUGGUGAAAUCCACUUCCUAUACCAAAAUAGCAUCGACUUCACGUAGGAGCACCACCAAAAGCCCAGGCCCAUCCCGACGCAGCAAAUCUCCAGCUUCUACUAGCUCAGUAAAUGGAACCCCUGGUAGCCAGCUUUCUACUCCCCGCUCUGGGAAGUCUCCAAGCCCAUCUCCCACCAGCCCAGGAAGCCUACGGAAACAGAGGAGCUCCCAACACAGUGGCUCCUCUACCUCAUUAGCAUCCACCAAAGUUUGCAGCUCUAUGGAUGAAAAUGAUGGACCUGCAGAAGAAGUGUUGGAGGAAGGCUUCCAGGUUCCAGCAUCGAUAGCAGAGCGAUAUAAAGUUGGAAGGACUAUAGGAGAUGGAAAUUUUGCUGUUGUGAAGGAGUGUAUAGAAAGAUCAACUGGUAGAGAAUAUGCUCUGAAAAUAAUCAAAAAGAGUAAAUGUAGAGGAAAAGAACACAUGAUCCAGAAUGAGGUAUCUAUUUUAAGACGAGUCAAGCAUCCCAAUAUUGUACUUCUAAUUGAGGAGAUGGACAUGCCAACUGAGUUGUACCUUGUCAUGGAACUUGUAAAGGGAGGAGAUCUUUUUGAUGCUAUUACUUCCACCAACAAAUACACAGAGCGGGAUGCCAGUGGAAUGCUUUACAAUCUCGCCAGUGCCAUCAAAUAUCUUCACAGCCUGAACAUUGUCCACAGGGAUAUCAAGCCGGAGAAUCUACUGGUUUAUGAACACCAAGAUGGAAGCAAGUCCCUUAAGUUAGGGGACUUUGGCCUAGCAACAAUAGUGGAUGGACCUUUAUAUACUGUUUGUGGGACCCCAACAUAUGUAGCUCCAGAAAUCAUCGCUGAAACUGGAUAUGGCUUGAAGGUGGACAUCUGGGCAGCGGGUGUGAUUACUUACAUCCUGCUCUGUGGUUUUCCUCCAUUCCGUGGAAGUGGAGAUGACCAAGAAGUACUUUUUGAUCAGAUUUUGAUGGGACAGGUGGAUUUUCCAUCUCCAUAUUGGGAUAAUGUUUCUGACUCUGCAAAGGAACUUAUCACAAUGAUGCUUCAAGUAGAUGUAGAUCUGCGGUUUUCAGCCUUGCAAGUUCUUGAGCAUCCAUGGGUUAAUGAUGAUGGCCUUCCAGAGAAUGAACAUCAGCUCUCAGUAGCUGGGAAGAUAAAGAAGCAUUUCAACACAGGCCCUAAGCCGAACAGCACAGCAGCUGGAGUUUCUGUCAUAGCACUGGACCACGGGUUUACCAUCAAGAGAUCAGGGUCUUUGGACUACUACCAACAACCAGGAAUGUAUUGGAUAAGACCACCGCUCUUGAUAAGGAGAGGCAGGUUUUCCGACGAAGACGCAACCAGGAUGUGAGGGGACGUUAUAAGGCACAACAAGCUCCACCUGAACUCAACUCCGAAUCGGAAGAUUAUUCACCAAGUUCAUCCGAGACUGUUCGCUCACCUAACUCACCCUUUUAAUAAAACACUUUUACUCAAAAGUCUUGGCUUUAACCCUUUGAGACCCUGAAACUUCUUCAGACCUGAGUGGAAUGAUUACAGCUGAUCUAUCCAGCAGUAUACGCUGGGAUGGCGGAAUGCAAAAGGGUGCUCACAGAAUCUUUGUAAGAAUAAUUUCCUAAUUGAUUGAAAUACUUGUUCUCUGUUUAGAUUGCAACUUGCUGCUAAUAUGAUCUUCAAAGGGUUAAGGCUAUUUUGCUUUUUUAUUUAAAGAUAGAAGCAGUGAAUGUUUUCAUCAGUGGAGCUAGGAACUGCAGUAUGUAAUUUUAGCACAUGUUAACCCUCUGAGUAAACGAUCAACUUAAAUCUUGACAACCCACAUUAGGGUUUUAUUCUGGCUUUUUUGCUUUUAUACGCACAUAUCUUUUAUAGUAUCCUGAAGUUCCUUGCCUGUUUCUGGCCAAAAAUAUAUCAAAUGUACUAUUGCUUAGGAGUUACAGAUAUAGGCGUAAAAAUGGAAAUAAAAUUAAACAAAUGGUAUCUUCUACAGCAGCUCAUUGUACUUCCACAGUGACUGUUAUUGGAAGACAUUAUGCAGGCUAAAUGGGAAAUUCAGUUUAGGGCAUCCUCAUGGUUUACAGAAGAUGACAUGAUGCUGGCCACAAAAGGUUGCUUCCAUAUAGUUUUCUCCUAAUGACAAUGUUGAGUCUUGGAAAGUGGCUUGAGGACACGUUCUGUCAUGUAAUAGUAUGUAAUGAUCUAGUUGAGAAGUUCCUGUUUCCUUUGCGCCACAUUCAGAAAUGUACAGGCAUCCUCUCAGCACAACCUCGUUAUUCCAGCAGUCAUUUUAAAGGAUUAACAUUGGUGAAUGGAAGAACUACCCUUAAAAUAGCUAGAGUACUUCUAAGUCAGGGAAAAGACAAGUAAUUUAAUAUAUGUGUAAACCCUAAACUGAAUUAGCAGAAGUUUUGUGUUAGAAUGGAGAAACUAAAAAUGAUUCACCAGUUCUAUUUGUAAUAUUUAAUAAAGUGGGUAUUUACACAGAGUGUAUAUAUAUUUCUAGUUUGUUAAAACCUCAACACAGCAUUAUAGCUUUUUAUUUGACCAUUAUUCUAAAGGUGGCUUCUAUAAAAAUAGUACACUGUGUAGACUUUUGCUUCAGAUGUAAUAAUUUGAAGAAAAAAAUUACCUGGCUCAGAAUUUCACUUGAAUGAAAAAGGCAACUUUCAAAAUCAUGUUCUAAAAUAAAAAAUAGCAUUGUAAAAUUUAUAGUUUCUCUUAUUACUCAUAUAAAAUAGAAUUUUUCUCCUCUAAAGUUAAAGUUUUCUCACAGUGUUUUUUAAAAGUCACAUAAAUGUGGUUUCUUCUCUCUCUUUCUUUCUUCCUUUCAUAUCAUACAGCUCAAAGUAUCAAUAUGCUCCCUAAAAUGAUAUGCAGUUUUUCUGAUCUUUCUGGGAAGCAUAAAUAAAUUUUGCAGAAACAAGGCUAGUUGCCCACAGUAUUGUUCCCAUUGUGAGUUGUGUUUGCUCAUGGAACUGUCCAUAUGGCAGCAAAUGUGCACCUGCAAGUUGUUGGAGCUAGUGUAAAGCUCUUUUGAACUUCUAGUUGGAACUAUCUAGUUGAAGUUGAACUGUAUUUCAAGAAACACUGGAAUUCUGUUUUUCCAUCCUACAAAGUGCAUCUUUCAUUACCUCAGACAUGAAAAUUUAUAUAUUAAAUACUUGGAAUAUUUUAAACACAUGAAUUUCGUCUUGUGAACCUUCACACAAGUGGUAUAAGUAGCUAAUCUAUUUUUUUUAAUUCACCCAAUAUUAAAAAUCUAGAAGUGAGAUGCUUAGUUGAAACUAGUUCUCCAGGCUUCCUUGGCAAUAUAGAGAGAUGAACAUUCCAGGUUUGAUUCAUUUCACCUGUCAUGGGCAUGAAUUCUAGGCAGGACUCAUGUUUUAAUUAACCGAUUUGUCUCACUACAUUGACUGUAGAAGGAACUGCUAGUGGAAGCUUACAUCAGACACCAAAUUUCAGGUUAUGAGUUUAGUGGCGAGUCAUCUAAGUCAUCAGGAAACUCUGAUCUCUGAAUGUAUGUCCAUGGGCAGAAGGCCUGUGCAUGGCUUCAUUACUCUGUCUGGAACCUGAGUAACAGCAUCUUAACCCAAGUGAAGCAAAUAAGCACCUUGUUGGAGAAUUCCACUGGGGAAGAAGGUUAAGGGACCGAGGAACUGCCAUACAAAUGCUCUAAGAUUUUAGUUUUUGUGAAAGGGCUGUGUCUGUGUUAGAUCCUUGACUAUGACCAUCCAACUCUAGUCGCAUUGAAGAGAGAAGAUGCUGAGUAGAUGGGGCACAACCACUGCCAUUGUAAUGUUAAUGGUUGUAAUUAGGUAACAUUUGGAUAGGAGACGGAUUUUUUUUCCAUAGGAUCAAACCCUCAGCCAAGCUAAAGCCUUCCUUGCCACUUACCUACACUAAUUUACAGUAGGUCAGGAUCUGGCACACAUUUUUCCAGUACUGGUCUUCCCACAUUAUAUAACAGCCUUCUCUUUAGAAGAGAUACAAUUCAGCCGUGUAAUGCAAGACAUACAUGUGGUAAUAAAAAAGCGUCGGUUAAUACCACAUGCUCCUUGUCUAUUGCAAAAAUUUGGCAGUCUUAAAGCAAAGGAUGAUGUUCAUUCUUCUUAAUUAGAGAGGGAAGUCAGGAGAAAAAAAAAUAUAAAAAUAUGCUUCACUUUAUGCAUGAGAAAUAUUAUUCAAAAGGCCAUCUAGGAUAUUCCUAUCACCCUUGCUUUGCUUUGGAAUACAGGAUUAUCAUUAAAAUAAGAUGUUUGGUUCCUUCAUCUUACACCAUCUUAUACUACUUAAAAUGUAUAUAAAAAAAAUCCUAGAUCCUGAAAAUCCGACUCAUACCCAACAUCUUAUAUGUUUCUGAUCUUUCGUUCAUGUUUUAUGAACAUAACUAUAAAAAUAUUUUUUAGUUAUUUUUAGGUCUGUGAGAGACUGGGUUUCAAAAUAUUGAUAGCUUAUUUUAGGCUUCAAGAAAAGGUAUCUGAAUAUUUGAACUGUUUUAAAAGACUUUCAAUGAUAGGUUUAAAUAUAUCCAUAUACCCAUAUAUAUUUUUUUAAUAUAACCAUAUAUAUGUAUAUGUAUGUAUGGUUUCAUAGAAGUAAUAAUGGCUUAAGCUUGUUUGGCAAUGACUGCUCUUUCUUUCAAUCUAACCUCUGAAUUCCUGGGGGUAAGUGAAGACAGAAUAUAUGGCCCUAAAAAAUAUUUGCAACAUCAAUGAAAAAAAGAAAUCAAACAUAAUAGGCUAUUUCUAAUGUGAUAAUCUGGGAGAGCACAUAGCACACUGUGGUCAUUUUACUCUAAUAUGUACCAGUCCUUCUGACUUCUUUCUUCAUUUCCCUUUUGAAUUUUUAAGCAUUGUAUUGCUGCUAAAUGUAGCAACAAUUGCUUUUUUUAAUGCUUAUUAUAUAUACAAGGCCAACUUCCUCCCACUAAGCCUGUGUAGUUAGCAGAGACGGAUGGCACUUGUGGUAGGCACCAUCUAUCACCGAGGAGAUGGAGAGGAACACUUCCAAAGGGUGAUUCAGGUCAUCUAAUGUUUCAUCUCUGGAGAUGCCUGACAGUUUGAUCUUAGUAUUAACAGGAAAGUAGACUGGGGUCACUUCCAGCUUAAUUCCUCUCAAUUAAAUAUAAGCAGGGAUAACACGGACUCCAACCUAAGUGCAAUAUUCUAGUGAGUUUACAUGCAGUAAGCAAACUUUGAUGUGAAAAUAUAGUACUGAUAGCACAGGAUUAGUUGAAUAAUGGUGAGCCGGGAGUUGUUUUGUCUAAUUUCAUCCAUCUAGGAGUUUAGCGUCUAAUCUAGGGCAAUAAUCUAAAUUUCCCUUAUAGGUGCUAGAGACUGCUUCUCUAACAGAUAAUUAAAAUUCUAGGAUGGAUUAAUCACUCACAGGAUGAUGGGCCUAGCCUAAAUGUAUUUAGAACAUGAUUUAUUAAGCCAUGACAUAUAAAUUAGUAUUUCUGUAAGUUACAAUUUUCAUAGCAUUAUUAUACAAAAAAUCCAGAAUAUUAUGGUUCUACUCAGAGGGUUAACAGAAAAGCACUAGGCAUGCUGAUUACAUUGGUGUAUCCAAACUGCUUUGCUUUUUUAGCCAGUGUUUGCUGAUUUUUUCAGAAAAUUCUUGAAAAAUUUCAAGUUUGAAAUUAUUUAAGUGUUGUUGUUUAAGGAAUUUCUAUAACCAAAUUAAUCUUAUUUUUAGCUCAACUUAUCACAGGAAUAUGUAUCAUUGAUGCAGUGUAAGUCUGUAGUUAUCAAUUUUAUUAAUUCCACAAGUGAUUCCAGAAAUCUCUCUUUUUUUAAGUACUUACUAUAGAGCUUACAAUGGUGGCAUAGGUGACUGAGACUGUCUUUCUUAUUGGUAAACAAACAAUAUUGUAAUUUCAAGAAAGUCCUAAGAAUCAGCUUUUCAGUUAGGUAGUGUACUAGUUAGGGGAAAGCUAUCUCAUUACAUGCAUUGUGUAAAUCAUCUUUGUAGAUGAAGAUUGUUCAUAUUAAUGAACACAUUCUUUUUCCUUGACAUUGUAGCAGAAACUGUUUACUUGUUUAAGAACAACCAAUACAUUAAUUUGCUUCAGACUGUUAGAGGGGAAAGUGAGAUUCCAGUCAUUGACAAUGUUACUGCAUUACAGUAGCCCUCAUCUAAUUUAAAUGUGGUACAUACUACAAUAAGGAAAGCCAAACCUGUGAAUAAACUCCUGAAAAAGCCUGGUGGGUCUUUAUUCAGUUGGGUGCUCGCAUACAGUAGCAUAUGACAGAAGGAAGGCUUUCAAGAAUUGUUGAAAUGAAAGCGAUAUAUCCACAAAUAAGAGCUAAAUUGCAAUCCUUUCCCUAUGGGGCAUAUAUGCUUGAAAAGAAAAAAAAUAAAGAAAAGAAGAGAAAAAUUGGCUCUGAGGUUUGCAGUGCUACUAUAUUACCACAGGGCAAGUACAUUAAAUCAUUGUUAUUUACUAGCCUGGGGUAUGUGUUAGAAAAUGGCAUCUUUUUUAUUUAGUUUAGAUUGUGGGCAGGAAGAGCUUUCCUAAUAUUAUUGCAGUGCUUGCUAGUGCUGCCAUGGUUAAGGCUGUGUUAGUAUUUCCAUUAUAAACUCUUAGUCUCAAAGGUUUUUAAUUUGAUUGUAAAAAUUUGCUUCAGGCAGAAACUUGGCAUACAAUUUUUCAGCUCAGAGUGAUUCUUUUCCUAAAAUAUGAGAGAAAUCAACUUGACCGCUUCAACAUUUAUUUUCUGAUUGUACACAAACAUUCACAGACACAAAGGUGGUUUUUAUGCAGCUCAUUUCAGAUGAGUUACAUUUUCAAGCAUAUCUUGCAGGUUUUAACUACAAAGGUGACAGCUCAGAACUUUUGGGCAUUUUGAAAAUGAGGGAGAAAACUCAGUGAUCAAGAGCAAAAAUGUUCCACAUGUGGGAGAGUUUUAUUUUGACGUGACAAGCAUUUUAAGUUUGCACAGUAAUGGGUAUGUAUACACCCUACUGAGUGCUUAUGUAAUUCCUAAACCCAUUAGUUUAACUCAUUCCACGUAGAAAAUGCUAAAUGUGAAUAUGCUGAAUUUCCCUAUAAGACUGAGUAAAGAAGCAGUUUUGUUCUGUGUUUUAUAGUAACACCAUAGACAAAGCUGACAAGACACCAGUGAAAAGGGUCCACAAAGAGACGAAUCAAAGGAACAUGUUUUCUCUUAAGGGAAAAAAAUUGUCUGAACAAGACAGAGUUGAAAGCUCACACUGAACAAGAGGGGUUUUAAAAGCAAUUUAAAAAGCAUAAGUAUGGAAUCAUUUGAAAACUAUAAAAGUGCAAGGGAGCCACACAGUGUAGUGAAUUCAUGCACGGAGCUAAUCACAUACUAAGCUGGAGCAAAUUUACAGCUACAAACAGGCAUAAUUAAUACACAAAUCAAACACACACAGAGGCAGAUGGAAUUGAAAUGCCAUUUCUUUUAGCAAACAUAAUGCAGACCUCUUCCUCAUAUAUUCACUAAAUGAGACCGUGUGUAGCUAUUUGAAGUAGUGUUGCAUACAAGCUAGUGGGGAAAUUAGGUGUUUAAAAAAUGGCUGCAAAUUAAUUGUUUUUAGUAGCAAUUCUGCAGCAUGCUUCUACCUCAGUGGGUCCUUUGGGAAAUGACAGCUUUCAAAAAGUGAUGUCUAUGCAUUUUAUACUUGUCUGCAUAUAUACUUGGAUAGCCCAUGCCAAAUGGCUUCAGUAAGAAUUGAGUUGCUAUAUUGAGGCUUCAUGUUGUCUGCAGUUUUUUGUAGCAGAGGACAGAGGAAGGGACAAAGUAUCCGUGAAAUAAAGAAUUUGUGGAUUGACCCACCUGUAAUGGAGAUGUCUUCCUAAUCCUUUUUAGUGAUUGACUUGAGUGAUAAACCACAGCACUCAGUCAUGUCCAUAAGUAUUCUCUGUACCUAAGUGGGGGGAGGGGGGCACCAGAUAGAGUUGUGUCAUUUUCUAGGCACCCACUUACAGUGCUGCACAUUUUGUCAAGCCAUGUGUAAAUAUCAGAUGGGGAAUAUAACUGUUUACACCAAAUGAUAGAGUUAGAAAAAACAUAUAGGAAGUGAUUAGAGUGAUUAGCCAUGGCAAAUGUAGACUGACCUUUGGAAGAUGGUUUCCUACCAACUGUCAGACAGAUUUUUGAGAGUUUUUCCAAUAGAACCAUUGGAACCAAGAAACUCCAAUUGAUUUUUAGGUGCAACUUGAUCUGUUAAUGAGAAACUUUCCUCUUGAGGUGUUUCUGAUACAUCCUCAUAUGUGUGUCCUUUUGUAGGAAGAUUCUGGACUCAGAAAGCCAAAAGAUACCUUUAUUUCUAUGUAUCUAACAGAUUUUAAACAGAUUCUGUAUCUAAACAGAUUCAAACACAUCUAAUUUUAGGUGUCUGGAGAAAAAACCCACAGUGAUGAAAAAGAAGCUUGGCUUACUUGUCUAGAGUUACUCUCAGGAAGAGCUGACAUUACUACUAUGACUAUUACUGCUGCUGCUAUUACUGCUAUUUCCAUUACCACUACCACCAUUGCUGUUCAGAGGCAAUUAUUUUUUUGACCUGCGCUUCUCCAUUAGGUGCCUGGAAAGCUUCAAACUUGCUAAUAAGACCAAAAGGGUCUGAUAUAAAUAAAAGCACCUAUAAAUUUAUUUUCUUUUCAAACAGAAUGCCCACAGCUAUUGAAUCUGGGGCCCAUCAUAUUGUGAGAGUUUGAGAAUUGGAAAGAAAGAUAUUGGUAAAUUGAAAAAGAGGAUUAUUUGUAAGGUAUAAAUACAAUGUCCAAGGGAAUUCCUGGUGCUGUAUCAUGCAAAGGAGAGUGAUAUACUUUUUUUCCUCUUCUGAAAAUCCAAGCAUGUAGGAAAAGGCAAAUAAACCUUUAAAAGAUGAACUUCUGGCAAUUUGGUGUUUAUUGUUAAUCUUAACUAGGUGUAGUCUUUGUGAAAUUGCUUCACUGUAGAGUUAGAAUUUAAGGUAGGUAACAUCAGAUCUCGACAACUUUUGCCAUUGAUAGUUAAGGGGAGGGAGGAAUCAAAUUGACUGACUGAUACUAAAACAAGAAGCACUUCAGGAGAGGCAUUUCCAGAGAGAGUUGAUGUGAAAAAGAAGGGAGGAGGAUGAUUGUGGAGUAAUGCUAAGAGGCCAAUUUAUCACUUGCCAUUUGUGCUGAUCUUUGGUGUCUUAUCUGAGGGGGAAAAAAAAUAACUGGUCCAAGGUUAACCUAUUUUUAAUUUUAUUAAGGAAUUAGUAAUAAGCGUUUAUAUUCUGCCUGAAAGGAAAUUGUUGAAGGAUUACUUCAGUGUGAAAUUAAAUAGCACUUUUCUCAUGCAUUCUAAAAAAACCAUCUAAGGAAGUAGUGGCCUUUAAACAAAUUUCUAAAUUAUUUCAAUUUAGAAAAGUUUCAUUUCAUUUGAAAAGUUAGGAACUGCUAUGUGGUUUUUAUGGCAUAGAUGAAUCUCUAAUUUUCAAGGUACUAAUUAAAUUAUUUCUAUAUGGUACAUAUUCAUGCAAAAAUAAGGAGGGAAGACAAAUGGGAUUUUUCAAAAUGCGAAGGAACAGAAAUGAGAUCUGAUAUUAUUAUCUUAAUUUUUGAGCUAAGUUUUUAAGUUACUGCUUACUUUUAUGUAAAAUAUUUGCUCUAAGUAGGUAAUAGAAGAGUAGAAAAGGAAAAAUCACUUAAUACUUCAGCUCUAGUCUCAACUUCUAAUAACUUCAUGAUUCUUGAACAGCGAAUCAUUACAAUAUAUUUCAAUUCAGUCAUCACAAGCAAGCCACCAAGGAAUUAGAUCCAACUGCAUUCCUGAGAAGCUGUGCACAGGCUUGAAAAAUUAGUCAUGCAGCCACAUCGUAGCUUUCCCACAUAAGCCUCUGCACCAAAGUGAGUCUCAAUGAGUAUGGUUAUAAAAAAAGGAAGUCACUAUUCAGAAAAUUCUCACUUCAUGUGUUAAUUUUCCAUCACAGGAGGUGGAUUUGGAUAGGUGUAUGGAAAUAAAAUAUAGUUGUGGACUGAGAGGCUUUGUAUCUAGUGCCCUGCAACAUUAUAUGUAUGAAUUCUCAUGAGAAAUGUGAAUACUAUUUUACAGUGCAAGCCUGCUAAAUCCCACUAAUGACUGGAAGUUUCAUUGUAAAUGGCUGGAUUUUGGGAAUUAGCAGAUGAAUGGAGAAAUACAAUAAAGGGCCAGAGGAUAAUACA